AUGGGUUGGUUCUGGACCUCGCCGUCCCCCUCACCAAAGGCUUUCGAAGUCUCUCACCACUCUGCAACUCAGCAACCACAACCUCCAGCCAGCGAAAGGAAGUCAUCAACAGAUGAGGAGGUCUCCAAGUUUCUCCGCGAAAUCCAAGCGGCAGCCAACCCUUCUUCCUCUCACGCCGCUUCCCCUCCGUCUUCAACAGAUUCAGACGCCGCCAAAUCAUCGUGGGUACCCAGUUGGCUUUCAGCGCCAGCGCCUGAGACCCCUCCCCUACCGCCCAAAGACAAGCGCUCUGAAGCCUCUAUCGCCAUGUCCGAGGCUCUUCUUCCAACAACCAUGUCGUGUCAGGAUGCUUUUGACUAUGCCUGGCAUUGCCACACCCCCGGCUCCCAGGUCAACUCUGUUUACCGGUACGGUGGUGUAAGACAGUGCACCGAGCUCUGGGACGACUUUUGGUUUUGCAUGCGCACCAAGUCUUGGGAUCCAAAGCUUCGCGCUGAAGCCAUCAAAGAUCAUUUCCGGAAGAAGGAGGCAGCCAAGUAUGGUCGAGGCCAACCAAGCUCCGAGGACAUCUGGGAAAGCAGAGAUAAGAUGGUAGAGCCGGGAACAACGUUCAACAAAUCCUUCGACCCCCCCAUCAAAGACGAUGCUGCCUUUGAAAGAGAGGAUCAGGAGACUCGGAGGAAGAUUCGCGAGUUUUACGAGAAGAAAACUUGA